AUGUCACAAAUCGAACAAAUGGCCGAACAAUGGCAAAAACGUGUCAAGAAGGGAAUAGAUGGAAAUCAACAUAAACGCCCUUAUGGAAGAACGAAAAAGAUUCGAACCAUUGGUUGGAAUGCCGAUGGAAGGAAAAUUGCAUCGGGAUCAACGGACGCGUAUGUCAGAGUAUACAAUCUUGCAACUGACUCGAAUGGAGAAAGUCCUCUAGAAUUACGAGGUCAUACUGGUGAUAUCGAUCAAAUAACAUGGCAUCCUUCUCAGCCUGAGCUCAUUGCGUCAACGGGAAAUGACAAGACUGUUAGAUUAUGGGAUACCAGAAAAUCAGGCACAGCUCAAGUAAUUGAAACAAAAGCUGGCAAUAUCAACAUGGCGUGGCAUCCAGAUGGCGUUAUUCUAGGUGUUGGUGAUCAGAACGAUACAAUCAACUUCAUUGACAUACGAGGAGGCAGCGGCUCGGAAGGUGCAAAAAUCGUUAGAAAACUAGAACGGGAUGGAGAGACAAAUGAAUUCUCAUGGAAUUAUGCUGGAAACUUGUUAUAUAUUGCGAAGGGAGCUGAUUUGCGAGGAAGUGUCGAGAUACUACCAUACCCAUUAUUGAAUACAGCAGAAACAGUAGAAGCACACACAGCCAGUUGUUAUUGUAUUGAUUUUGAUCCACGAGGAAGAUAUUGGGCUACUGGUAGUGCUGAUUCAGUUAUUGGAUUAUGGGACCUUGAAGAGUCGAUUUGUGUGAGGACUUUUGCAAAGGGAGAAUUUGAAGGACCAGGAAGAACCUCGCUGACCAAUCCAAUCGUAUAUAGUGAGCCGAUACAGUCACUCGGAUUUUCUCAUGAUGGUGAAUUACUGGCUGUUGGAAGUCCUGACAAGCCUGUUUAUAUUAUACAUGCAGACAGUGGUCAAUAUGUGGGCAGUAUUGAUACAUUUGGAGGAACCACAAAUACUGUUGCAUGGCAUCCAACCAAACAUACACUAGCAUAUGCUGCAGUCAAAACUGAAGGGAAUAUACACUUGCUAAGUAUACCCUCCUCUACAUAA